GAGAUCGGCGAAAUCGAUGGAUCCAAAGGAGGUACGAAAGCGUGUACCUCAGUUUUACCGUUCCUCGACGCACGGCGCUGUGAUCGAGGUGCCUCAAGGACCCCACUAUUUUACCCAUCGCGUGCCAUCGCGUUGUGAACAUCACAAUAAUCAACAAUAAUGUAUCCACGAUCUUAGGGAACAGCGAUUGCAUCCACCAAAUGUAAUUGCACGAAGGACCGUUCUCGGUGGCACACUAGAUUUUGGAGAGGACCCGCCAACAUUGCCCUCGCUCGACGUUACUUUUCCCAACGAGGUAACAAUGCAUCGUUUCCCAGUGAUCGUGACGUACGUUCUCGUCGUAGCGUCAGCCGCGUCUGCUCAAAGCAACGUACAAUACGAGGAACAGUAUCAUCAGUGUCCCCAGCACUGGAUUCGUUUCCAAGAGUCCUGCUAUCGUUUCAUAAAGAGCCCGAUAAGAGAGCGUUCCGAAGCUCGUAAGAAUUGCGAAGCCUUCCAGAGCGAUUUGCUGAGCAUAAACUCGUUAGACGAACAUGGGUUCGUGCUCUAUCAAUUGUUGUGGCAGGAUCCCCAGCAUCGGGACUGGUACACCGGUGUAAGGCUACAGAAUGGUAACUGGGUCAACGAGGCGGACAACACUCAGCUAGUGAACAUGGAAAAUGCUUUCCUACCGGAGCCGAUCGUCGAUAACAGUUACGAUCGAGAAUACUUGGUGUAUUCGUACAACAAUAAUUUGCAAAGAUGGGGACUGCAGAAAGUGAACGGAAGGGAGAGACUGCUCUAUAUCUGCGAGGCGAAGAUAUACGAUCUGUACAAUAUGGUCGACGACGACAGAAGUUAUCAGUACGGAAUCGAGGUGGACGAUCCGAAAGUAGUGCCGAGGGGUCCAUACUUUGUUCGCCAUCCGGUGGACAAAGUGUUCGACGUGUCCAAGAGGAAGAUCAGUAAUCAUGUGGAGUUGAGCUGUUUGGCCGGAGGGUAUCCCGCACCGACUUACGAAUGGUUCAAAGAGGAUUACGAGAACGACAGACUGAUCGCGACCAAGAUCGACCCUUUGAACAACACGCGAUACACGAUCAGCGGUGGAACAUUGAUUAUCUACGAGCCAGAUCAGGCGGAGGACAGAGGAUCGUAUCACUGUAAAGCGACGAACGAAUUCGGCACGAUCAUGUCGGAGAGCGUAGACUUGUCGUUCGGAUACAUAUUGGAAUUCAACCUGAAACGGUCGGAGGAGCGCGGGGACGAGAAUUGGGGAAAGGCGGUGUACUGCGAUCCACCGCAACACUUUCCCGGAGUGAAAUAUUAUUGGGCGAGAGACUAUUUUCCGAACUUCGUCGAGGAGGACAAGAGAGUGUUCGUGUCGUACGACGGAGCGUUGUAUUUCUCCGCGUUGGAGAUGAUCGACAGAGGAAGUUAUUCGUGCAACGUGCAGAGCAUAGCCUCGGACACCGGGCGGAACGGCCCGUUCUUUCCUCUGAGGGUCGACCCGCAUUCCUCGUUCCAACAAUUGAAAUUUUCCAAUAACUUCCCAAAAGCGUUCCCGGAAGCUCCGGUCGCUGGCCAAGAGGUCCGAUUCGAGUGCAUCGCGUUCGGAUACCCGGUGCCUUCGUACAACUGGACGCGCAAGGGUGCCGCAGCCUUGCCUCGCGGUUCCUACACCACGAGUUACAAUCGCGUUCUCAUAAUUCCGCGAGUUCACGUCGACGACCAAGGGGAAUACGUGUGCCGCGUGCAAAACGAUCGACUGUCGAUAGAAAAUUCUGUUCGACUGACCAUCCAAGCGGCACCCAAUUUCACGAUUCCUCUGACCGACAAGCACAUGGACAAUCGAGGGGACUUGACUUGGACGUGCGAGGCCUUCGGGAUCCCCGACGUUACUUACGACUGGUUCAAGAACGGAGAGCUCCUCGACCCGCAGACUCUCCUCUCGGACGACAGAGGCGACAGGUACAGCAUCAGGGACAACGUGUUGAACAUCAAGAAUCUGGACAAGAGGGACGAGGGGAUGUAUCAGUGUAGGGCGAAGAAUCAGUUGAAGGCGAGAUAUUCAUCGGCGCAGUUACGGAUUUUAUCACUGAAACCGUCCUUCAAGAAGCAUCCGAUGGAAUCGGAAACGUACGCGGCCGAAAGGGGGAACGUUACCAUUCUGUGCAACCCGGAAGCCGCUCCGAGACCGAAAUUCGUCUGGAAGAAGGAUGGAAACGUGAUCGGGUCGGGAGGGAGAAGACGAAUUCUGGAGAACGGGAACUUAAAGAUCAGUCCCGUUUCCAGAGACGACGAGGGAACUUACGUAUGCUCCGCGACGAAUCAGUACGGGAGCGACGAGACGCGCGGUAGACUGAUAGUGUUACGUGGUCCACAAUUUUUGGAAAAGCUGCCCCAACGCCUGACCACGUCGGUCAUGCAAAAUUUAACGUUACACUGCGUGGGAGAGGUCGACGAGAUGUUAGACGUCGCUUACGUGUGGAAACAUAACGGGCUGAUAUUAAGGGACGAGGAUCUGAAGAACAACGAUCGACUGAGGAUCGACAAGGAAGAAUUGCGUAUUAUCAACGCGACGUCCGCGGAAAGCGGGGAAUACGAGUGUAUCGUGAAGAGCGCGGUCGGAGAAAUUUCGAGUAGAACCAUCGUCGUCGUCGAGGGUCCACCGGGGCCGCCCGGUGGAGUUCAAGUGGUGAACAUCGUGAAAACUUCGACCACGCUGAGGUGGACGGACGGAGCGCUCAACGGUAGACUAAUCACCAUGUACACCGUCUUCGCGAGGACCAACUGGAACGGGACCUGGUUCACUCUGAUCGAGAAUAUCACCGCCCUGGAGGUGGACAGGUACACCAGUCGGAAGGAGGCCUAUCUCGAGAACGUUUUGAAUCCUUACACAACGUACGAGUUUGCCGUUUCUGCCUUUAACGAACUGGGAUACAGCGUACCCUCCGCGCCUUCGCCCCAGUACAGCACCCCGUCCGACAGACCUUCGAGAUACCCGAGAAAUAUUGGUGGAGGCGGUGGAAAGAUCGGAGACUUGACCGUGACGUGGGAUCCGUUGCCACCGUCCGAACAGAACGGGCCAGGGAUCUUUUACAAGGUGUACUGGCGGUUGAAGAACCAAGAGACCGAGUUCCAGUCGCAGUCUUUGAAGGAGUUCGGCAACAUCGGACAGUUCGUGGUGCAGAUACCUCAGAAAAAUUAUUACACCGAGUACGAGGUGAAGGUCCAGGCUGCGAAUUCACUGGGCUAUGGCCCGAUCUCGAACGAGGUGACGAUAUUCAGUGCCGAGGACAUGCCUCAAGUUGCCCCGCAACAAGUGCUGGCACAAAGUUACAACAGUACCAGUUUGAGGGUGAGCUGGCAACCGAUAGAGGAGACCAGAGAGAGGAUAAGGGGAAGAUUGAUAGGGCACAGAAUAAAAUAUUGGAAAGAGAGCAACAAGGAAGAGACCGCCGUUUAUUACUUGAGCAGAAGUAAAAGACCUUGGGCUCUGGUGGUGGGUCUACAACCGGACACUUAUUAUUACGUGAAGGUAAUGGCGUAUAAUGCCGCCGGGGAGGGACCCGAAAGCGAGAGAUACUUGGAGAGGACGUACAGGAAAGCUCCGCAGAAGCCGCCGUCCUCGGUCAACGUGUUCGGGGUGGAUCCGUCGACGAUCAGAGUGACCUGGCGUUACGUGCAACCGAGUUUAGAGGAGGAGCCGUUGAUCGGUUAUAAGAUCAGAGUCUGGGAACUGGACCAAGAUAUGAGCACCGCGAACGACACGAUCAUUCCGGGUGGCUCGAAGCUCGAGGCUUACAUCUCGAAUCUGAGCCCUGGGAAAGCGUACCACUUGCGGGUACUGGCGUUCAGUAACGGAGGGGACGGUAGGAUGUCCAGUCCCACUCACACCUUCCAAAUGGGAGAUGCAGCUGCAUUUAAAAGCGGUGGAAACGCUGUUGUUCAACUCCCAGCUGGUAUUCGGAGAAUCUCGUUACUCUUAGUAUUGCUAAUUUUAAGAUAUCUAUAAGGUCGUCUUGGUCUUUGGUACACCGUCGCGAGAUGCAAAUUGUUUUCUUUUUUUCUUAAACAAUUAUUAAGCCGACGUGGAGACAGAUCUGUUUGGCAUUACUUAUCAAUUGCCAGGUGUUCAUCUCACAGUGGAAUAUUAUUUGUACUCUAUUUUUUCUUCUUUUUUUUGUAAUUACGUUUGAUUUAAAAGUACUGAGUGACUCGUUCACGCGGCCGUAGCCUAUUAUACCCUUUUUAUACUCUAUAGUAUUACUUAGUUAUUUAACAAAGCGUAUUUUUUACGAGCUAACAUUAAACACUAUUUACAUAUAUCUAUUGUAUAUGUAUAUGUCCGUCCAUAAAUAAUAUGAUACACGAAUGGAUCUGUAAAUAGUUUUUACGUACAGCUGUACCGUUAUGACAUUAACUUCGGUAUAGACAAUAACCGAGACACUUUUU